UCCUGAGAUCCGAGAUCUAGCCUCGCGGACUCAGCCCCUCACUCACUAAAGGCCGGGAGAGGAUCAAAGCGGGCUGGUGGGGUCUAAUCGGAGCUUCGGCUGCAAACCUGAGACCCACAGAAGACCCCCUAACUUCUGUUCCUCCUCCCUGAACGCGCACCGCCGGGGUCGUGCGCUCUAGCGGAGCAAACCCUCGCGCGACGCCAGCGCGCCCCGCUCCAAGUCCGGCCAAAGGCGAUGCGUGCAGGGGACCGGGUGGCUUGGCUCCGGCAGCUGGAGUAGGGCCGGCAGGGAGGCAGGGAGGCUCGGGGGUUAGAGCCUUGGCUGUGUAGCGGGCAAAGGCCGUCUUUGCUCCGGGCCACACCUGCUGCUGUUGCUGCCGCCGCCGCCGCCUUGCCGCGAUGAGCCGCGUGGUCUCGCUGCUGUUGGGAGCCGCUCUGCUUUGCUGUCACGGAGCCUUUUGCCGACGGGUGGUCAGCGGCCAAAAGGUGUGUUUUGCUGACUACAAGCACCCGUGCUACAAAAUGGCCUAUUUCCAUGAACUGUCCAGCCGCGUGAGCUUCCAGGAGGCACGACUGGCGUGUGAGAGUGAGGGGGGAGUCCUGCUCAGCCUUGAAAACGAAGCAGAACAGAAGUUAAUAGAAAGCAUGUUGCAAAACCUGACAAAACCAGGCACAGGUAUUUCUGAUGGUGAUUUCUGGAUAGGCCUUUGGAGAAAUGGAGACGGGCAAGCAUCCGGUACCUGCCCAGAUCUCUACCGGUGGUCUGACGGAAGCAGCUCCCAGUACCGAAACUGGUAUACUGAUGAACCUUCCUGUGGAAGUGAAAAGUGCGUCGUGAUGUAUCAUCAACCCACCGCCAAUCCUGGCCUUGGAGGCCCCUACCUUUACCAGUGGAAUGACGACAGGUGCAACAUGAAGCACAAUUACAUCUGCAAGUAUGAACCAGAGAUUAGUCCAACAGCUCCUGGAGAAAAGACGUAUUUUACAAACCAACCAGGAGACGCCCAUCAAAAUGUGGUUGUUACUGAAGCAGGCAUAAUUCCCAACUUAAUUUAUGUCGUUAUACCAACAAUCCCACUGCUCUUACUGAUACUGGUUGCUUUUGGUACUUGCUGUUUCCAGAUGCUGCAUAAAAGUAAAGGAAGAACAAAAACUAGCCCAAACCAGUCUACACUGUGGAUUUCAAAAAGCACGAGAAAAGAAAGUGGCAUGGAAGUAUAAAAGUUUAUUGACUUGUUUCCAGAAAAGGAAACAGAGUUUUGUAAUUCUGGAUCUGUAUAAAGAAUGGCAUCAGAACCUUAGCUUGGAAUGGCUUGAAAUCUCAGAGGAUCUGCAAGAUGAACUGUAAGCUCCCCCUUGAGGCAAAUAUUAAAAUGAGUUUUCUAUGUUCAUUUCAUUUACAAAUUAUGCUAUGCUGAUAAUGGAGUGAGACACGCUUAUUUUGCUCAAUGAUGCACCCAAACUUCAAGUACACGGAAUGGACCAUGCAGACAAACUUGCUAUCCACACCUCGGAAGUAUGUGUGUUGGAAGCAGUUGUUUUCAUUUCUUUCACCUUUCAUAGGUUGUAAUCUAGUUAAUGUAAUGUAAAUUGUAUUGAAAUUUACAGUGUGCAAAAAAAUUUUACCUUUACGUGUUUGAUAACAAUGAACUGUUCUGAUAUUUAUUUUUAUGGUCUUUCAUGUUUCAAUACAUGCUGUGUUGAUUAAAGGAAUUUAUCACUGUGGUCAAAUGAAUUCACACACACAUAAAUACAUUACCAUAGGAAAAAGUUUCCUGUCUAGAAAUGGAUCACCUUUCACUUCUCUGCUUUGGAUCAGACAAUGUGUAGGAAAUCGCUUCAGAAAUAAGAAACUAUUUCAGUAACUAUGGUAUGAAUCCACUCAAAUAUUUUACUUAGAGGCAAGAACUGUCUAAUUUCAAUUGUGUGAGACACGUGCCUUACAAUUAUUUUUAGUUUAAAAUUCAACAGAUUUUGUAAUGACUUUGUUAAUCACUGUAUAAACAAUAUACUCAAUCUAGAACAAAAGAGGUGGCAUACACAGUAUAAUCAUAUGUCUUCUUUACCUGUUGCCUAUGUAACCACAAGUACCUUUCUGAAGUUUCUGGAAUCAGUUUGGUCUCUCCCUCGACCACAAUACAAAGGAGUUGUUAGGGGUUUGGGGCUGAAACUGGAAGCAGAUAGCUGCGUUCUUUGUCCAAGGUUUUUUUUUUUUUUUUAUUCUAGCUCUGUUUAACCUCUAUCAGCAUAUAAAAGGGUUUUACUGUUGGGGCCAGGUGAGUGGUCCUGUUGGUGGGGAGGUAAGCACAGCACACUAACCUUUUAGCAAGGAGAGAAGCUAAAAGUUAGGGUGAAAAAUGGCUGGAGGGUAUCACUGACCAUGCAUCCAUCACUGAGGGUGUGGCUGGGAGAGAAACCUGGGCUCCUCCGUCGUAUCUCCCGGUUUCUUCAAUGCCCGCGGCGCCUUCUUCUCAAGACAGAGUGGGAACUGUCUGGUCCUCACAUGUC